AAACGAAAAGAUUGCACCUUAUUUUUGUGCUGCUAAAGUUUCUCGACACAUUAAAAUGACUUCGCCGCUGGAAAACCUGGAAAACCAUCUGGAAAUGUUCAUCGAAAACGUGCGCCAGAUCCGUAUCAUCGUGAGCGAUUUCCAGCCGCAGGGGCAAAAUGUGCUGAACCAGAAGAUACAAUCGCUCGUCACCGGACUGCAGGAGAUCGAUAAGAUGAAGAACCAGAUCGACGUGAAUGUACCGUUGGAGGUGUUCGAUUACAUCGAUCAGGGCCGGAACCCGCAGCUCUACACGAAGGAUUGCAUCGAUAAGGCGCUUACCAAGAACGAAGAGGUGAAGGGUAAGAUCGACUCGUACCGCAAGUUCAAAAGCAAUUUGAUGAAGGAGCUAAGCGAAACCUUUCCCGUGGAGAUCAGCAAAUACAAGGCAAUCCGAGGAGACGAGUAGUAGGAAUGGUAGUGCUUUGCGGGAACAGCUGAACGCAGUUUCAGGGUCACCACUUGAGUAUGGAAGUGUGGCGGCAUACCGGUUAAUACUGCUGGGUAAUAUUCGUACGCAUCGGUCGCUAUAUUGUAUCAUGAAAAUUAGAAAGUAACUGUUUAUAUUAUACACGACGUAAAUUACUAUAAAAUAAAAUUUUUCUAAAAACUAAGUACAAUUCUUUUGAAAGCCUCCUAACUGCAUUCACAACACACUGUCCGAAGUUACAUGGUCAUCAUUAACCAAAUUCAUCAAAGGUCCAUUCAGUUAUUUCUGUUA